CGUCCAUCUCCCGUAAAUACCAUGUCAAAGACCUGACCCGAUCAUGCGGUUGUUUACCUCAGUUCUCCCUCUUCAACCCUUCCGAGAACCCGCCGCCGCCUCAUUCCAGGUGGCGUUCAAAAGUCACGUCUGGUUCAAGCUGCUGCUAGCAAGAAAAACCGUUCUGCCUACCGAGCUCUUCCUUCCGCAAUUAUGGGCCAGAACCCCAGCAGUUUGGCGACGUGCUUGAACGCCGUCUGCAGCGGACGAUCCGGAUGUGUCGCGUAUCCGAACACCCCGCUAUACCAAGUCGCCUGGGUUGAUCGGUUCAACCUCGACAUCCCCGUCGAACCUAUCGCCGUGACUCGCCCCCAGACCACGGAAGAAGUGGCCGCCUUCGUGAGGUGCGCCGUCGAGAACAAUGUCCAUGUGCAGGCCAAAUCGGGCGGUCAUUCCUAUGGCAACUAUGGCGUCGGCGGCGAAGACGGCUCUCUCGUCAUCGACCUCCGGAACUUCCAGCACUUCCACAUGAAUCGCGACAACUGGCAGGCCACUAUAGGCGCUGGCCAUAAACUGCACGACGUGACCAAGAAGUGCCACGAGAAUGGCGGCCGUGCCAUCUCCCACGGUACUUGUCCUAGCGUAGGCCUCGGCGGCCAUGCCACCAUUGGAGGCCUCGGCCCCUCGUCUCGCAUGUGGGGUUCGUCCUUGGACCACGUCCUCGAAGUCGAAGUCGUCACGGCCGACGGCGAAAUCGUACGCGCCAGCGAGACCCAGAACCCGGACCUCUUCUUCGCUCUCAGGGGAGCCGGCGCCAGCUUCGGCAUCAUCACCGAAUUCGUCAUGCGGACCAACCCGGAGCCCGGCAACGUCGUCGAGUACACCUACACCAUGACCUUCGGCCGCCACCGCAACCUCGGCCCCGUCUUCGAAGCCUGGCAGGACCUCGUCGUCGACCCGAACCUCGACCGCCGCUUCGGCUCCGAGUUCGUCCUGCACGAGCUGGGCGCCGCCAUCACCGGCACUUUUUACGGCACGAAGGAGGAGUUCGAAGCCACCGGUAUCCCCGACCGCAUCCCCGGCGGGAAGAAGUCUAUUGUGAUUGACGACUGGCUCGGCUCCGUCGCGCAGAAGGCCCAGGAGAGCGCCCUCUGGCUGAGCGACAUCAGCACCCCCUUCAAGGCCAAGAGCGUCGCCUUCACCCGCGACACCCUCCUCAAUUCCCAGGGCAUCAACGAGCUGAUGAACUACAUCGACCGCGCCAACAAGGGGACCCUGAUCUGGUACCUCAUCUUCGACGUCACCGGCGGCGCCAUCAGCGACGUGCCCCUCAACGCCACCGCCUACCGCCACCGCGAUACCAUCAUGUUCGGCCAGGGCUACGGCGUCGGCAUCCCGAAGCUCAGCCAGAGGACGCGGGAUUUCUUCGAAGGGAUCGCGUCGACUAUUCAGUCGAAUGUGAAUGGCACCCUCGGCACCUACGCCGGCUACGUCGACCCUCUGCUGGAGAACGCCCAGGAAUCCUACUGGGGUUCUAACCUUCCCAGACUCGAGCAGAUCAAGAGGGCCUGGGACCCGAACAAUGUGUUUUCCAACCCGCAGAGCGUGCGGCCGGCCGAAGAGAGCACGUAGAUGGGGGGGG